AUGAUUUCUUUUUUUCCUUUUUCGUUGUACGUUUUUACGUUAUCUCUUUUCUUUCUUUUUCAUUCUUUUUUUUCCUUUUUAUGUAAUCUGCUUUCCUUCGUUUUUCAUUCGUUCUUUUUCGUUUUUCAUUAUCUAUUUUCAUUCUUUUUUUCAUUUUGUUCUGUCUUAUUUUAUUUUAUCGUUUUUAUUCCUUUCAUGUUACCUGUUUCCCUUUGUUUUUUUCAUUCUUUGUUUUACUUUUUCGUAUUUUACUUUUUGUGUUAUCUGUUUUCAUUCUUCUUUCAUUCUUUCAUUUUUUUUUUGUUUUUCUGUUCACAAUUAUGUUCAUUAAUAAAAGGUCGAAUUCGUUUUUGUCAUUUUUUUUUAGUUGUUUUUUUUUUUAUUUUUUUGUUCUUUUUAUGUUAUCUGUUUUCUUUCGUUUUUCAUUCUUUAUUUACUUUUUCGUAUUUUAUUUUUUGUGUUAUCUGUUUUCAUUCUUUCUUUUUUGUUUUUUUCUUUCCUUUGUUUUUCAUUCUUAAUUUUUUUUUUACGUUUUGUUUUGGUUCUUUUUAUGUUAUCUGCUUGCCUUCGUUUUUUCUUUCUUCCUUUUUUAACCUUUUCUUUUUUGAUCUUUUUUUACAAUAA